AUGUUCAGCUACGGGACUGCCUUGACUGCUGCAGCAUAUGAUGGCACCCUUGAUAUCGUCAAAUUGCUCUUGGACAGAGGUGCCGAUGUCGACGCACCCAACGGAUGGGCUAUCCAGGCCGCUGCUGGGGAGGGCCACUACGACGUGGUCAAAGAGCUUCUCAACCGAGGUGCCGACGUCAAUGAUCUUACCACAAACGAGAACUUCCCACAAGGAACGGCUCUACAGGUAGCCUGCGAGUCGGGCAAGGUUGAAAUUGUCACACUCCUGCUUGAGCGUGGCGCCAACCCCGACCUUGGCACUGGAGAAGAUACCUGCCCGAUCAUCGCCGCUGCCAUGAAAGGGGAACAGGCGAUUCUCGAGCUUCUUGUCAAAGCCAAGGCCGAAGUCAACGUCUUUGGAGGCUGGGAUAAUUCUACAGUCCUGAUCAACGCCGUCAUCAACCUUCCGGUCGAGUCACUGCGCGUUCUUGUGGAUGCGGGCGCCGACGUCAACCUAGCUGACCAGGAGGCCGACACACCCCUGAUCGUUGCGGCUCGGGAGGGAGACGCGGACAGCGUGAGGUUUCUCUUGGAUAAUGGCGCCGACAUAUUCCACGUCAACGAGGAUAACGAGAACGCCCUUCAAUCAGCCAUACAAUAUGGUGACGAUGAGGACUGCACAGCAGUGCUCGUGGAACGCGUCUCAGAACUCAUGGCGGCUUUGAGCAAGGCUAUGAAGAAUGGUAACACGGCCGUGACUGAAGUGAUCCGUAGCGCUGCUAUUGCACACCAGGGUCUCAACUACGACGACGAUGAGGAUGCAAAGUCGGCACAGAGUCAAGAUGACAAGCAGCCAACGAGCUCCGAGGACAGAGGCGACGUCUUCGACGAAGACAAUGACAAGGGCAGCGACGAAGAUACCCCUCGAACGGAGUCGUUCCCCAACAGCGCCAAGAGAGUCGACGACACAGCGUCCGAGGAAAGUGCUUACCGGCCCGUGAGAGAGCUAUCCGAGGAGCUCGAGGCCGCCCUCGUCACUCAGGUAUCGUUGCUUCAAAACUUCACCUCACCACCGCCUCGCCCAGAAAAGGUGCCGGAGCGAGAGCAGCCCGUGGAGAUGCCGCCAACGACGAUUGCGGAACUGCCCUCCCAGCGGAGAUACUCCCAGCAGGUGCAGCUGGAGGAGCAGUUGGGACACUACGAGUUCGACCAGCUCACCCGCAUGGACUCAUACGCGAAGCCCGCCUUUGUCAAGCAGCCGACGCUGCAGUGGGCCACGCAAGCUGAGAGCCUGCCCGCCAGCGAACCGCUCCUCUCGCCCGGCCAGGCCCCGAUCCGACGGAAGCCGGCGCCCAACACGACGACGUUCGGCGCAUCGUACACCCAGAACGCCUCGCCCGCGCCGUCAAACUUGUCGAACAGCCAAUUCUCGCCUCCAGCACCGUCAGCUGCGCUCCGCAGGGCGAGUAUGGACAUGCGCCCCUCGUACCAGAACUCGACUUCGUACCCGGGAGCGCCUGCGUACCAGGGAGGAGCGGGAUACGCCGCCAGCCAGACACACCUCGCUUCUUCUUCGCAGCCCCCCGCGGCCGCAUCUGCGGCCAAUCUUGGCCGGAUGUCGGUGGAUUACCACGCCCCGUACGACCCGUCGUCGUUCGACAGACCGACGCACAGCCCGGGGACGACGCCGCCACAGAAGACACAGCCGUUCCCGGAUUUGCCGUUCCAACCGCCGGGCGCGUGGCAGAAUAGUCCGCCCCUCGCGAGUAGUCAACAGCAGCAGUCGUAUUUUGGUUCGAUAAGUGGAUCUCCGCCUCAGCAGCAGCAACAGCAGCAGGAAUGGGUUGGUCAGGAUGGAAGCAGGCCUGAUAUGAAAUCACAUCGCUCCUCUUUCUUGGGGAUGAAAAACACAUUGGAUAAGGCGAAGCAGUUCAGCACUGGGAUCAUGAACCGGAGACCGUCAGGAUUUUGA